AUGGCCCUAGCAAAAGUGCAAAAGCUUGCCACAUUUCUCCAAAGCAAGACUACGCCACCUAUGUUCUUUGACAAGUUAAUGAUUCAGCAUGCAAGAAUUGAGAGUGCAGAAAAAGGCCCAGAAUCCACAAAACUUGUAGUUAAGCUCCCUGUUUUGCAAGAAUUCUCGAAUACUUUCGGACCAAUGCACGGCGGUGCUAUUGCUACAGCUAUUGACCAAUUUACGACGUGGGCUAUUUUUGCAGCUGACCGAGAUGGGCGCAGAACAGUAAGCGUUGAUUUAUCAGUUACUUAUAUUUCUGCUGCUUUAGUUGGAGAAGAGCUCACCAUUAUUGCUGAGUGCAAUAAAGUUGGCAAGACAUUGGCAUUUACCUCUGCUGAAAUUUGGAUCAGGCAGCGGCUUGUAGCUAUGGGAAAGCAUACUAAAUAUCUUUUUGAAGAUAAAAUAGGUGUAGAAGAGUAA